GGGGCGCCGAGCAGAGCGAACAUCAAGAUGGAUAUACGACAUUUCUUCUUGUUGUGCGGGAGUAGGUCUGCAAAUGAGCAACAGUCAGCUACAACAUGAGGAUUUUGCAGCUCCAUCUCUGUCUGCUUAUAUGGUGUCAAACAGCAGAGACUUUAAUAGAUCAGCUAGUACAUUUGGGGCAAAAUGUGACAAUAAACUGUGAUUUUGAAAAUGAGGUCAAUUGGUUUUUACUGAAACCUCCAUAUUUUUCAGUUAUAUUACGCACUUUCCCAGGCAGUCCUUUUUAUUACAAUGAACAUUACAGACAAAAAUAUUCAGUGGCCUCUAAACAUCUGUUUAUUAAUAAUGUCACUUCGGAUGAGUUAGGAGUUUAUUUCUGCAUGAACACAGACUGUUCAAAGCCACAAUUCAGCAACGGCACCAGACUGUACAUCACUGAACAAACUCAGAACUAUACAGUAGUGCAGAAUAUUCAGCAGAAUCAUACACUGGUGAAGUACAUUGAGCAGAAUCAGACGUCAUGGCAGACUCUUACCCUCAUAUCUGGUCUGAUAAAUGCUGUUUUAGUCAUUGUUGUUGUCAUAGGACUAUUGAAGGUUUGUGAUUGUAGAAAUAAAAGGCCUGCAGAACUUUCACAACAACUUCAUAACACUGAUCUACAGCAAACACAACUUAUUCAACAGCAUCUAGAUCCAAUCGCAGACCAAUCACAGCAUGCUGAGGAGGAUUCUUCUAUGUUGUAUACAAAUAUUCAUCCUGGUCAAGUCAACAGCACUUAUGUUGCUUUGCAGCUGCCAAAAGCAUAAAAAGAAGUGUACAGCUGAACUCAUACGUAUUUCACAGCAUUUAAGAACAAACUGAAACUCUUGCGGUUUUCCAAGCACACAUUUAGAUGAUAGACAUGUAUUGUGGUUUGGUUUGCUUCAGAAAAAGUGUUGCGUCUAGACUGGUGGCCUGCACCUUGAACCAGUCAAGAGUUUUUCUCUUUGCCUUUGUGUUAUACUAUAUAUGUAAAUCUUUACAUUUAUGUUAUUUAAUAUCUUUCAGUCACUUUUGAAGUUUCAUGUGAUUGGUUAAAAAGUGGACAGAGCAAACAUGACUUUCUGUGAUCGACAUGUUUGUUAUUUUGUGAUGCUAACAUUUGUAUAUCAGAACCCCCCUCCCCCCCACAAGUGUUUGAUAUGCUAUGAUAUAGUACACAUUAUAGAUUUUAUAGAUUUGAUAGCAUAUUAAGGCCUUUCAGUGACCUUAAAGUGCUAAUUAAAAGAUUUGUAAACUUUAAGUGUCAUGAAAUCCCAUUAUAUCAUCUCACUUCUGCAGAAUGCUUAAAAAAGGUGUGAUAAUUUGCAGGAAGGAAGAUAUGGAGGUGGGGACAGCCACACACAAACACGUCUAGAUCUGAGAUAAGCAGAGUAAAACUAGCAAUAUUUGUCAACUGAGAAUAAUAUUUUGUUCUGAACAUGUAGGCUAUACGUUUUCAAAUUACGCUGCUGCUAUAGCUGGAAUUCAGCAAUUUUUGUUAUUAUACAUAAAUCAUCCAGUAAUGUCUAAAAACGCAAGCAUUGGAUCAGAUUUCUCAUUCUUUUUGACAAUGACUUUGUUAAAUUUCCAUUCUGUUUUCUCCAUUAAA